CAGUGACGUCACGUGAAGACGACGCAGACUGCCGUCUGGUGAGUGUAGUAAGAGGCAGUAACUAGUAAAAAAUGCUGUGACUGUGCACGGUGAUAUUGUGGGAGAGAGAGAGAGAGAAAGAGAGAGAUGAUGAUGAUGAUUUGCGCACCGCGAAAGGCUCCGGGUUUAACGGCUUGGAUCGCGUGCUCGUCCGUGGCACGGUUCCGAUGACGUCACGCGCCGUACUGCGGCGGCAGCAUCAUGACCGGAGGAAGGGCAGAGACUCUGCGCCAAACGGGAGAACGGCGCGCGGUGUAAAAGAAAACACAAGCCCUGCGGAUUAUUUUGCCAACGCGUUUCUGUGCAAAUGAGACUCAGGACUCACGGACCGUGAAUCAGCCGCCCACGCGCGCGCGCACGUACUCACUCACUCACUCACUAUACACAGGUGAGAGUGAAAAAAAAAGAACCCAAAAAAAGGGCCAGGGUGGGUGUGGUGUCCGAUCUCAAGUAGAAGAGGUGUGUGUGUGUGUGUGUGCGCGUGCGUGCAUGCGUGCGCGCGUGCACCUGACAUUCCCAGACCGGUGGAGCAGCUUUACGUUUGGACGAAGCAGUGUCCCGCGAUCAACUUCAUCCACCAGGCUGUGUGUAUGUGUGUGCGCGUGUGUUUAUAUCUGAAGGACUCUCAGAGACCUGGCAGCUUUUGUUUUUCUCCCUUUUUUCUCGAUGCCCCUUGGGAAAUUAGCUACAAGUUCCAGCCUAGGAAAUAUGUAAUAGAAUGCCCUUAUGGGAAAAAAACAAAAACAGGGGGAAUGUUCUAGACAAACACCUUUGCAACACUUCUGUAAUACGAAGCCUGCUGUGUUUUGUCUCUUUUCAUCAUCAUGCUGCCCAGUGCCAACUAGCAUCUGGGAAGGACAAAUCCAGAAGCAUGGAUGUGAAGAACAUGCGAGAGUACAUGGGCUGGCUGUACUACCAGUAUCUCCUCAUCACUGGCAUCUACGUCCUGGAACCGUGGGAGAAGUCCAUCUUCAAUACGGUGCUCUUCACCAUGGUGGCAAUGGUGGUCUACACUUCCUAUGUCUUCGUGCCCAUCCACGUGCGCCUGGCACUGGAGUUUUUCUCAGGACUGUGUGGGGAGCAGCCAGAGAGUACUGUAGCGCUUAUGAGCUAAAGAGGAGCUUUGUUUUUUUGUUUUGUUUUUGUUUUGGUUGUCUCUUUUCUCAGGAAGAUUCAGGAGCGAUAAAAGAAGAAAACAAAACGUGAAAAAGCCAUGUUCCCGAUCCGUCUUCUCCUUUCCCAUCUAGCCUCACGACGACACCGUGUGUGACGGUGCAGGAUGGGACCCUGAAUGACUGCUUAUAUUUUGCAUGACAGGACCAAUCCGUCACUUAUGAUCCUUUGCAUGUGGUUUAACCCAGUACUCAAUCCUCCAGUGAGGCAAAGUGUGCAUUACUUGCUCUCUCACAUGUCAGUUUCCUUUACAAACAUGUCAAAUUUUCACGUUCCCUAUGCAAUGGGGCUGGUCCGGGUGCAAAACCAAUGUUAGCUGAUGUGAUAUUGAUUGUCUCGUAUGACACCUGGUAAGUUAAACCCACCUGAGCAAUAGUUUCAUUUCUUCCGUAUGCUUUAACUGUUUAAGCAAAUGACCUGUCUUCUGUCCUGUACUGAGCAGUGCAUGCUUUCCCACUUAGACUGAAGAAUUAGCAACACACCCUUCACGUAUGCUGGCUUGUUAUUUUCUCUGUGUUUAUAGAAUGUGUCUGUGUAUAUUUAUCGACAGAACACUGGCUUACUGAAUACUUGGCUGGUUACAAUGUGCUCUUUAUGCCAUACAUGUAUUUUAAGAACGUUCAUCUGGAAAUGAUAUCGUGUUUUAUUUUUGGAGAGAAUAGAAUCACAGACGUCAUGGCGACAUUUUCUAUGACAUUUCUAUGGAUUCUGAUAUGGAUAUGCAAGUCAAUGAAUGUUUCUACAUGAUGUUGAUUUUUCACAAAUAAAGUACUUUUGCAA